AUGGACACCGACCAAACCCACACCCACGCCCACCUCCGCAGCGCCCUAAAACACCACUCCAGACCCACCUCCCCUAUGACGCAAUCACCCCAAUCCUCCCUGCCCCCAACACCAAUGCACACUUCCCUACCUCUCCCACCACCCAACAGCGCAACAUCCCACCUCUCCUGUCCCUCCUCAACAACAACAACAACGGCAUACACACCCAAAGUCUCCUUCGACACCUUCGAAAACCCCCUAGCAUCCAUGUUCUCAUUCACCCUCUCCGCAAAAUCAUCCGGCUACCAACGCUCCCGAAACACCCGCGUCUUCCUCUGCGCUGCGUCCCCCGACGAAUCGGGCCGUGAGGCACUGGAGUGGUGUUUGGAGAGUUUAGUACAGGAUGGGGAUGAGUUGAUCGUGUUUAGGGGUGUGGAUGAGGAUGUGUUGGAGAGGGAUCAUGAUGGUGUUAGGGAGGAGGCGAGGGAGUUGAUGAGGAGUGUGCAGGAGAAGAGUGCGGAGUUUGCUGUUGAUAGAAAGCUCUCCCUAAUCCUCGAAUACAUCCCCGGAAAAAUAACAGACACCCUAGAUCGCCUCAUCGCCCUCUACCGCCCCGACUCCGUCGUCGUCGGCACCCGUGGCCGCAGACCAUGGGUUAGAGGGAUCGGUGGGAUCGGGAGCGUUAGCAAAUACUGCCUCUCCCACUCCCCAGUCCCCGUCAUCGUCGUACGUCCAUACCAUAAACUCCGCAAAGCAAUCGAGAAGAGGAGGGCGGAUCCGAAGCGGGGGAAACAUUUCGAGAGGGAGUAA